UAAGGUUAAUAAGGUUGUAACCAAUAAGGUUCGCCUGAACUACACGGCAUACGGACCAGUCAGAUUGGAGGAAGGGCCAAAGCGGAUUUUUGUAAUAAUCCAAAUUUUCACCAGUAAUUUUAAACAUAUAGGCUUUUUUUAAUUAAAACGAAAGGAUCGAGGAAAACAUUUUCGGAAAAUCGAAGAUUGAACUCGCUAGAAGAGCCACACAAUGGAAAACACAGAAAGUGGAGACGAGUUGGGGACUGCAAUUUUCCACGCAGACCCUCAAACUUUUCUAGUUCAAGAGGAGAUGGACGAUGAUCUGGAACUAGCAGGCGAAAAUACUGAUGACUCAAAUCACGGUGAUAAACCAAAUAUUGUCCUCAGGGAGCAAGAUAGGUUUCUCCCCAUAGCCAACGUGGCAAAAAUAAUGAAAAAAGCAAUACCAGAGAGUGGAAAAAUUGCCAAAGAUGCCAGAGAAUGUGUUCAAGAGUGCGUAUCGGAAUUUAUAAGCUUCAUAACGAGUGAAGCCAGCGAUCGAUGCCAUAUGGAAAAAAGAAAAACAAUCAACGGUGAAGAUAUAUUGUUCGCGAUGAACACAUUGGGAUUUGAUAAUUACUUAGAGCCUCUUAAAUUAUACCUUCUUAAAUACAGAGAGGCAAUAAAGGGAGUUAAAGUGAUUGUAGGAAAUAAUUUUGAUGAUGUUUGUGAUGAUGUAUUAAGUGGAACGGAGAAGAUAAUCCACGACACACAAUCAGACAACCUGAUCUAUACCUUUCAGCCUCAUUUUUCAUCGUCUAAAUUUUAAAACACCACUUUUGUAUAAUUAUGUUGUAAAAUAUUUUCAAAUAUUAUUUAUUUUAUAUAUUUAACGUAUAAAAUUGUCCUUUUGAGCACCAAAAAUAAUACAUAUUUUUUAUAACAAUAGUGGUACUCCGAGGAUGUUAUUAAACAUUUUACUUUUUUUUUUUAAUGAAUGUACCAGUUGAAAGAAAAAAAAAAAUAGAAGAAAAGUCAUUAUAACUACACCUAAGAAUGUCAAUAGUUUUAACAAUAUUCUAAAUAAAAUACUUCACUUCAUGCUAAUUGCACACUAUGUUGAUUGUGAAUGGUUAAAAAUAAAAAUUUGUAGAGACAAA